CGUUAUGUGGCUAGAUUAUUGUCCAGUGACUAUAUACACUAUCGUACAGAUUAAACUUCUCCGCUCCUUUGCUUCGAACUUGUGUAACUCAGGGUUAAUAGCUAUUAUUUAAUCAUUGCAUCGCUAAAAAUGAUCAAGUUUGCUGUGAAAGCGGGUAUCGCUCUUGGCACAGUUUACUAUGCCUCCGAUCAUGGUCUGUGGAAAGAUAGUCACGAAACCUUAGAAUUGUAUAACAAAAUGUGUGAAACUGCAAGUCCUUAUUUAGAUCAAGCUAAAGACUAUCUACCCGUUCAGAUUCCCGAGUUACCAAAAUCUAAUCAGACAUCCUACCUGUUGAAACGGUUGUGGAACAAGGGAGUUUCAACAUCAUGCUUGUUUCUGGCGGACUUACCGGACAAUAUAUCUAAAUGGACUAAGAACAGUUUUGAUGUUGUUAUGUCUAAUGGGGAAAUUAAAAAAUUGUUUGGUACAUUUGGACAGUCACCUGCCCCAGAGUCUGUAGCUAAUAAAUAGAAUGUCAGUGUACACAUUAUGUUACUUACCUCCACAAUAUUAGUAAAUAACUGCUAUUUACACUUUAUAUUGUUACUUGAUAGGUCGCCUAGCUUUCUCCAAACUUAUUAAAUUUAAUAACGUUGUC